AUGGGACGGUUCAAGGAGGCUUUGAAGUUGAAGGCUGAGAUGGUGUCGAAAGGGUUGAGGCCAAAUUCAGUUACGUGUAAUGUUAUUGCUAGAGGCUAUUGCAAAGCUGGCGAGAUGAGCCAGGUAGAGAUUUUGUUGCAAGAGAUGUUGAUAGAGAGGAUUGAGGUGAAUGCAGGUUUGUUUAGUUCGGUUAUUGUUUGGCUUGUGAAGGAGGAGAAGAGGUUAGAUUCGGCCGUGAGGCUUUUUAAGGAGAUGUUGUUUAGAAAUUCACGACCGGAAGGUUCCAUGCUGACAAUGAUGGUUGAAGAAUUGUGCAAGAAUGGUAAGCAUCAGGACGCGGUUGAUGUUUGGGAUAGAAUGUUGGAGAAAGGCUUUGGUGUGAGCACAAUCACUUCGAACGCGCUGAUUCAUGGUCUUUGUGAGUCUGGAAACAUGAAAAAGGCUGUUGGUAUUCUCAAAACGAUGCUUGAGAAGGGAGUGACUCUGGACAAGAUAACGUAUAAUACUUUGAUAUUGGGAUCAUGCAAAGAAAAGCAAAUUGAAAGAGGACUUUUGCUUCGGGAGGAGAUGGUUAAAAAAGGUAUAAAGCCUGAUAUAUGCACAUAUAAUACCCUGAUGCGGGGCUUAUGCGAUUUGGGCAGAAUGGAAGAGGCUGCAGCACUUUGGAAUGACUUGAAGAAAGAGGAUUUGAAACCAGACCUUUACACUUUUAGUACGAUAAUAGAUGGUUAUUGCAAGGCUAAAGAAGUUGGUAAGGCAAAAAUCUAUUUUGAUGAGGUAGGGAACUCUGGUUUAGAGCCCAAUGUUGUUAUCUAUAAUUCACUUCUCCAAGGGCAUUGCAGAGGUUGUAAUACCAUAGAGGCUUUUAACAUAGUUGCUGAAAUGAAAACCAGAGGCGUUUCUCCAACAGCAGUAACCUAUUCUACCCUUAUGCAUGGGCUAUGCAGUGUUGGUCAAGUAGAAGAAGCUAAAAUUGUCCUUAAUGAAAUGAGAGAAAGUCGUUUGCAAAUGAAUGUAAUAUGCUAUACCAUCCUGAUUGAUGGCUAUUGUAAGAUAGGCAAGAUGAAUGAAGCACGUAAUAUCUUUGAGGAAAUGCGUGCAGGUGGUUUAAGACCAAAUAAGAUUACUUAUACUGCCUUGAUGCAAGGUUACUGUAAAAUCGGGAAUCAGAGUGAAGCAACUAAGCUUUUAGAUGAGAUGGUGGCUAAUGGUGUUCAUCCUGACCAGAUCACUUACAACACAUUGAUGUCUGGAUUUUCCAAUGAAGGUAGGAUGGAUGAGGCCUUUAAGGGCAGAUUCAAUGGUGUCGGUUUUGAGCUGCUGCAGCUUCUCACAUUUCUCGUAUACAGAACAGAGAGCUCGAGGUUUUUGAAGGAAUAA